UAUGGCGACUAAUGUAACAGUUUCGUCUCCCUCUAAAGAUAACAAUAUCCCGGUUCAUGAAUCUCGUGAAGUUAGUAACGUCGAUCCGACGUCUAUUCCCAUUUCAGAUAAGAUGGUUAAUGGAUCGGUGUCCGAAAUACAUCAACUUGUAAUCAAGAAUCAUUCUUAUAAAGAAUUAAAAAACAAAUACGGUCAAACUCCGCUAUAUUGUGCAGCUUACUUAGGAAGAGAAGGCUUAGUACGUUUUCUAUUAGACGUCGGUGCUAAUCCAAAUGAGAGAAGUAACGAUAAUAGUACUGCUGUUCAUGCUUGCGCAUUCGGAUGCGAUUGUUCAAUCAUGGGAAGAAUGCUGCAAUCAGGAGCCGACUUACGCUUAACUGAUGAAAGUGGGCAAUUACCAGAAUAUUGGGCUAAGUGCAAACCGAAAGAUUCAAAGAAGAUGCUAAAAUACUUAACAGAAACUUAUAAUUACGCUAGUCAAUUAACAAGAGGGUUAAGACACACCAAAAACUCUGCUAUUCUCCAAUCUAGUUUUAAUAAAUCCAAGCCAAAAUACUCUUCUCUAACCUCUCUUAUUGCUAUGUUCUCACCGGCGAAAAAGGCAGUGUCCCUAACCAAUUGUUCAUCUGAUAUAUCGAAAAGAACAAAUAGUUAUGGAUUUGGAAUUAAACGAUCUCAAACCGCUAAUUCUGGUAUUCGAAUAAGCGUUCCAUUGGACGCCCCGGUUUUUAAUCGAGAUGACUUUGAGGAAGCAACUGAAAAUCCCAUUAUUUACAGGAAUGGAUAUUUUAUGACGAUGGAAACAUUAAAGUUUAAAGGCAAGAUUAAUGUUACUCUAAAAAGAAUUUUUCGAUCUAACGGAGCUAGACCUGAUUAUUUAAUUCAAGAAUUGAAUAAUAUGUCCAAAUUAUUCCACAAGAAUAUAUUACAAUUGUUAGGCGUCUAUCAAAGAAGUAAUCUACACGAAAUGGCACUAAUAUUUGAGCAUAUAGAGAAUAAAUCCUUAUUUUGUCUGUUACACGAGGAAGGGGAAAGAAUUUUCGAUAAACGUCAAAUAUAUCGAAUUGUAAAGCCUAUAUUGGAAGCAUUAAUGUGGGUUCAUAGCCAGAAUAUGAUCCAUUGUUCUGUUACAUCUCACGCUGUUCAAUUAACCAAUAAAUAUACAGCAAAACUUAGUAAUUUUGAAUUGGCAACUGAUUGUGAACAAGCUGAAAAUCCUCCCGAUAACUGGUGGAAUUACUUAAGGGAAUUCGAUAAAGGUUCCACGCUGUUUAACUGGCUUGCUCCUGAAUUAUUGAGAAAACCUAAACGUUUCGAUGAGAAGGUCGACGUAUACGGGGUCUCCGCUCUUCUCUGGGAGAUGUGCCAUGAGCAAAUUCCGUGGAAGAACAUGGGCGGUGCAGCAAUUUGUGAUAUAAUUCAUAAUCAAGGAAAAUCUCUAAUUGAUUAUGUAAACGAACCUAACGUUAUUGGAUUUAAUACUUUCUACUCAUUUUUACCGUCUGGAUUAGCAUCUAAACCUCAACAACGUAAUUUGACAAUUGAUAUGUUAUUGCAAGUUAUCGAUUCGGCUGAAAAGAACUUUCGGAGGGAAGAUGUAUUCACAACUGCGGAAGUUGAUAAUGAAUCUCAUGUUACGUAUCUUAUAUCUAAAGCACCGCUUUCCCUGGAAACGUCAAAAAGAUCCCACACUACUAAAAGCGGAACUCCAACUGCCCAUAAGUUGAAUGGCCCUAAUUGGUCAACUCCAAAUUUGGAAAAAGAUGUCCUCUUAAUGCCUAGAUCGAAUGCUUGUAUUAAAGAAACGCCACAAAAAGACUCAUACAAAUUGUCUGUAAAAAAUUCGUCUAUGAAAUUGACAACUAAUCCUACUCCAUCUCCAAGAUCUCCAUUUCAAAGGCCUUCUAGUAACAACAAUGCUAAAGACGAUCUUGUAUUUACACCUACAGACUCAGUAACCGAUCUAUCUAAAAGUUCUAAGGAACCUUUUAAAUAUUCAUUUAUGAAUAGAGUCCAAGCGAAGUGGAGCACUAUUUCAGCUACACCUCGAACAAAUGAUAAUAGAAAGGAACUAAUGAAAGAUCUCCUUCGAGAGUUAAAGACGAAUCCCCCAAAGUUAUCACCUCCCAAGAGUCCGCAUAGAAAUUUUGAGGAAACAAAUCGAGUAAUAGAAGCUUCUCGGUGUCCAAGCGGUGGGAAAAAAACAUUAGGAAUUAUAAGUUCCAGAUCGCCAAGCACCAUCAGUGUUUGUUCUAGUAGACCCGAGACGAUAAAAUCUAACCAGUCAUCUUUAGUUAAUGCUCCAAAAAGACCUACUAGUUUGUCUUUCAAACCGGCUAGUCAUAGGCAAGAUGGAAUAAGGGAGUUAGAAGCUAGAAAAUUAGUGAAUAAAUUACCUUCCCCUUACAUGAGUUCUACUACAGGGGAAGGUGUCAAAGUCCCAAAAGCUGAUUGGCAGGUAAACUGCGUAAAGGAACCUCUUCCAUGCAUCAAAUUACUUGCAAAGUCUGUAAGUAAACAUUUGCCUGAUUCUCCUGCUAAGGAUGGGUCUGCCUGCAGUAAAACAUCUCAAGGAACAGAUUUAGCCUAUUUAGAAGAAGAUAUUUGUCAAAUUCUAAACCAAUCGGGAAGUACUAAUAAUCAAAAGACCCCUGCUAAUGAAGAAGAUGGUACAGAUAACUUUUUAAGAAGAAGGUUAGCUGUAGAAAAUAUGGCAGAUAUAAGUAAUACAGAUUUAACCGACAAUAUCCGAGUAGCAAUUCGAGCGAGACCGUUCAUUUCUCGCGAAAUAAAUGCGAAAUUGGACGACCAGUGGAAUUGUCAGACAAAUAGUGUUGUAAGUCGCGACAGAUUUCAUCAGUUUAUGUUUGAUGAUGUGUUCGAUGCAACCAAAACAACUAGUGAUCUAUACGGUGGUUUGGCUAGACAGAUAGUGGAAGGGGCUGUUCAAGGAUAUAAUGGAACAAUUUUUGCCUACGGUCAGACAUCUUCAGGGAAAACAUACACAAUGAGUGGUAGUGACAAACAAAAAGGAGUUAUUGAGAUGGCUGUGGAUGAUAUUUUCUCCCUUAUAGAAGAAGUUUAUACAGAUUCUAUUUUUAUACUACGCGUGUCGUGUAUGGAACUAUACAACGAAACGGUUUUCGAUCUAUUGGCAGAUAGAAAGCUUGAAGUACGAGAGAAAGACAAUAAUUUCAUAGUCAAAGAUGUUGAUGAAAAAUAUAUUAGUUAUCCUGAAGAAAUUUUAAAAUUUAUUAAGGUGGCGAAUGAAAAGAGACAAGUGGGUGCAACGGCUAUGAAUGAUAAAAGUUCACGUUCACACGCCAUUUAUCGAAUUGUUAUUGAAGGCAAACAGGCAAUCGAUGAAGAAAGUCUCAUUAAGGUAUCUCACUUGAAUUUCGUUGAUUUAGCCGGUUCGGAAAAUUGCAAUAAAUCAGGAGCAACUGGUUUGCGAUUGCACGAGGGAGCAAUGAUAAACAAAAGUCUGUUUACCCUUUCUCAAGUCAUUGCGCAAUUAGUUGAGAAUUCCACGCAUGUUUCAUAUCGAGAUUCUAAAUUGACAAAGAUUUUGAAAAACUCUUUAGGAGGAAAUAGUCGAACAGCUAUUAUAUGUAAUAUUACCACGGCGGAAAAGGAUGAAACCUUGUCUACUCUUCGUUUUGCAAGCUCGGCUAAAAAAAUCAAAAAUCACGCUAAAAUCAAUGAAAUUAUGUCCGACGACUGUCAAUUGAAAAGAUGUCAGCGACAAAUCGUUGAUCUUCAAAAGCAGCUUGAUGAUUGUCAAGGUAACGACGAUUUACGGUUGAAAAACGAAUUAGAAAACAAGGAGCAGCAAUUAAGGGAUAGAGAUAGACUCGUGAAAGAUUUAGAAACGAAACUGGAGGGAUAUCAACGAUUAUUAGUAAAGUCUAGUCAAAUUCCAACUGGAAUAUUUACGCCAAAGAAACAGAAUCCGUUUAUGGAAAAGAGGAAUAGAAGGCAAACCUGGUGUCCUGGAAACGUGUUACAACCUCCUCUAAAUGACCCGCGAAGAAGUGAAAAAGUUACUAGCCUAGGUCGACCAGCCGACAAUACUAUAUCGGCGAUAAUAGAACAAGAUGAGGAUGAUAGAUUAGAUUCUCUUAUGAAAACACCGGAAACAUUUUGUGAACAUUGUAAACAAUUAAAUGAAAAGGUGCAACAAUUAGAGAUGGAGCUAAAUGAAAAAAGUGAAGAAUUGGAAGAAGUUAAGGAAUCGUUUGAAAGGGGCCACCAAAGCUUUAUGGAGUAUCGUGACUUUGUCGCCAUUGAGAAAAAGUUACAAUUAGAUGGUGAGAUGGAUGAAAAUGUGAAAGGCGAAGAAGAACUUAAAAAGAAAAUUACUGAAUUGGAAGAAGCACUAAAAGAGCAAAAAUCGACUCACGAAGCAAAUAUAUGCGAUAUAAGAGAUCAGGCAUUAACUAAACUUGAAGAAGAAAAAUUAAAUAUAGAAGGAAAAUUUGAAAAUAUUAUUAAGGCUGAACAGGACAAAUACCAUCAGAGGCUGCAGCUUGCCCUGGAAGAACUGGAGGAACGAGAAAAAGAAAUUGAAAAUCAAGUAAUUUCCCUGGAAAAAUCUAAAGAAGAACUAAAAAUCAACCAAGAUAUCCUUAAGGAAAGAGAAACUUUCGUUAUGGAAUUGGAGAAUAAAAUGGCCGAUCCUCGACAUACUAAAUCAGCGGCUGAAGAGCAGCAGGCAGAAGAACUAGAAGCUGUUAAAUCUAAAUUGAAAAGCACUAUGGAAGAACUAGAACAAUCUAAAAGGCAAAUGAAUAUUCAAGAAGAAAGAUUUAGCGAUAAUUUAGAAGAUCUUGAAAAUAGGGAGAAGCUAAUUGAAGAAUUAGAAGAAAAGAUAACUAAGGAGCACGAAAUCAUAGAAAUGGAGAGAAUAGCCUUAGAAACCCAAAGAAAUCAAUUGAAAGGUGCACUUUGUGAGUUAGAGAAUCGGGAAAGACUCGUCGAAGAUUUAGAAAAGAAGAUUGAAAUUAAAUUGGAAAGUGAAGAAAUACAAAAAUCCCAAUCAGAAGGUAUUCAUAACAACUUAAAAAAUGCCCUGGAAAACUGCAAAAUUGAAUUAGAGAAUACAAAAAUUCUAUUAAAAAAAGCGAACGAAGAUGUAAAGGAGUACAACGACCUAAAGAGUUGUUAUGACAAGAGAGCAAAAGAAAUCGAUAAUUUAAAUAAUAGUUUAGCAAGUAAGACCAAAGAGUUGGAAUUGGCAAAAAAAGAUCUUGGCGAUGUGUCUGAAAAAGCUAUUAAUUAUGAAAAUGAAAUUGCAAGUGUUAAGGCUGAUUUUGAAAGUCUUAAUAAAAAAUUAGAAGAGUAUCAAACAUCUAAUCAAACUUUACAUGAAAUAAGAAACGAAUUCGAUUCCUUGAAGGUUGACUACGACCGUUUAAAAGGAGAGAACAUAAAACUGGAACAAACAAAUUUGGAAGAGUUAAAGAAAAAGAGUAUUGAAUUAGAGGAUAUUAAGAGCAAUUAUGAAAAUACAUUAGAAAAAUUAAAGGAGAAGGAGAAAACCAUAGAGGAAUUAAUGAAGAGAAAUAAUGAACUCGAGUCGCUGAAACAAUUAAAAACUGAGCAAGAAUCGACUAAAUUGGCUUUGAAAACUGCUUUAGAAGACUUGGCUAGUCGUGAGCAAGAAUUAGAAAAUUAUAAGGCUAACUAUAAAUCGGCCGACCAAGUGGUUGAGAAUCGUGUUCAAGAUUUGGAAAGAGAGAUUGAUGAAUGUCGAUCGGAAAGGCUUAAGGCGGAAAUGGAAUUUAGCGAAAUAAUGAAAAUGAAAGAUAAUGAAUUGAAAACGAUUAAAGAAUCGACUAGAAAAGCUGAAAUUGAAUUUGAAAAAGAAAAGAAGACAUCGGAUGAGCUUUUGACUAAUUUAUGUACAGAGUUAGAGCAAGUAAAAGAGGAUAAUGCUAAUAUUGCAGAGGAGAGAUUACAAGAAACAAAAAUUCUUGAAGAAUACGAAACAGUGAUACAAAAUCUUAAAGAAACGGAGCAAACUUUAUUAAAGGCCAAUGAAAGUUUAGAAGAGAAAUUAAUGUGUGUUAUUCAAGAAAAUGAAGAACUUAAGACAAAGCAUAAUGACAAAGACCUUAAAGAAGCUUAUAAAGAAUUUGUGCAAUCAUACCGAGACAAAGAUUUGGACGAUUGUACAUCAGAUCAGAGGAUUAAGAAGCUAAAAAUGGAACUCGAAAAGAAGGAUGAAGAGCUACAUAAAAAUGAUAAUACAAUAAAAUAUUUAGAAAUGGAUAAUAAACGAUUAAUGGACGAAUUAAAUAAGUUAGAAGAUGAAUUUAAUGAGAAAGAAGCUGAGUGUGAUCGUUUGUUAGAAUGUACUAAUUUGGGAAAUCCUGAUAAUAUUCAAGAGGAAUUUGAUCUUAUGAAAAAUCGUUCAGUUAGAUUGGAGAAGGAGAAAAACGAUUUAGAACAAAAAUUAGGAUCUUUAGACAAAUUGAAAAACGAAUAUCGAACAAUAAAAAGUCAAUUUAGCCUUUUAGAGAAAGAGAAUAAACGACUGGAAGAAAAAAUGAGCCAUUUCGAAAAUCUUAAAAAACAAAAUCAAGAAUGUAAAAUAGAAAACGAACAUCUCGGAUCAGCCUUGAGGACACUUCAAAAACAAGUGCGUAAAUCGCUUAACGACAAAGCUGAAUCAUCUAUAUUUCAAGAGCCGCCUCCUCCGCCACCUCUAAGUUCGUCAUCAUCCAACGACUCUGAAUUGCGUAAGCAAUUAAAAGAAAAGACAACCGAAAAUGACCGCCUCAAAGCUACUUUAGACAUUUUAGAGUCGAAAUAUCGUAAUUUCAAAGAGCAAGCCGCUAAGCAUAUGGAUUAUAACGAAAGAAAAAAAUUAGCUGAUUUACUUAAUACUCCAGUGCCGUCAAAAGUAAAACGGCACAAACGUUUCUUCUCACCAGCCGCUGAAAAUGAGGAAGAUGAUGAAAAAAUGAAUUGUACUGUUGUGCCGCCUUAUAGUAAAAUGAUCGAUGGACCAGACAAGAUAAACUGCUCUCAACAAUAA